AUGCACCGCGCUCCUUCACCCUACCGUGCUCCUUCCCCGUACAGAGCGCCCUCGCCGUAUAGAGCGCCUUCGCCGUACAGGGCUCCGUCCCCCUACCAAGCCCCGAUAACGCCCUCGCCCUACAACAACCAGCUCCAGGCCUACCCAUCGCCCAAUGGCAGUCAAAAUGUCCCAGCUGCAGGCUCUAUCACCUAUACAACGUCUACGUCUAACGAUGGGCGCCUUAUCUACCAUCCUUUCAAAGCCGUCCCAGCGAGCUACAAGACACCCAACGGCAUCGUAACUGGCAUCCAAUGGAUUCCCGCGGAGGCUACUCAGGUUUUGCCGCCAGGAGCCCAGCCAGCUAGUGAAGAUUUCACAGAGUCUUGGCAGCGUGGUGCUUUCGGUGCCCUGAAAGACUGGCAACGAUCUGAAGAAAAACGAAGAAGAAAGGAAGAGAAAGAGUCCUCCAAGCUGCUUAGGGAGAAAGAUUUCCUAAGUCAGGCUCGUCGUGACGAUGAUGAGCUACGCUAUGCCCGUGAGCGAGACGCCGUUGCUAGGGAACGCCGCAAGAGCUUCAAUGCCGGCGCUCCUGGAUCCCUCGCUUUCCCUACUUCAGGCGCUCCUAGUUAUGCUGGUAGCGGCGGAGCAUAUUACCCUGACGCCCCCGGUGGCGUCCCUGCAGGCGCUUACGGCACUGCAGGCUCCACAGGCAGUGCCUAUGGUCGCGACCGAGGUGCCGCUGGCCUGGCAGACCAGUUCUCUGAGUUGAACAUUGAACACGGAGGGGAAAGCGCCCUCGGCCGCCCGAGAAAGUAUAGCACGCACGAGUCUGCCGCCGAGAGAGCUCGUAAGCUGAGCGGAAACUUUGGCGUUCCGGGAUAUGCAAGCAGUGGCGGUUCGUCCUAUGGUGCACCUGCAGGACCGUAUGGCCCGGGAGGAACUCGAGCUGCAUACACGGGCGGGCCCCAAUAUGCUGCUCCCACUCCAGUCGCAGGGGGUUAUGUCCCUGGCCUUGGUGCUCCUUAUGCUGGUGGUAGCUCAUACCCUGGGAUGGAGGGUAACCUGGGCUCUCGUUCCCGUGCUGCGAGUCCCCUUCCUGGUGCUAUGGCACCGACUGCCGUCAUGCCAAGUACGUCCCCUAGUAUCGGUUUCCCCAACGAGCAGCAGCAGCAGCUCGCUGCUCCGGAAGGUUUCUCCAGGCCUAUCAAUGCUGCUUGCCCCUACACACCCUUCGAGUCUUUGAAAAUCCAGGAUAUGGAUGCCUUCUUGGAGCAUAUCCCUCGUAUGCCUGCUGUUCUUCAACCGCACGACGUUUACAUCGAAGAUUGGGCUCGUUUCGUACAGGAUUUAUCCCUCGCCUGGGCUGGCAGGCUUCCCGUUCCUGGUGUAUCCAAUGCAGCUCAUAAGCCCAAGAGGGCUACAUUAAGCGCCGACCUCAUUGACCUGUGGAAUGCGUCAUUUUUCGUCAGCCGAGGCAUCGAGGCCGUUCUUUACAAAGGUCGGGAGAGGCGCUCAGGACCCCAUGUGGGUGUUGCUGAUUUGCCAUUGUACUUGUACAACGACGAUGCAGCUGACGACAGCGACUCUACAUCUUCAUCCUCUGAUUCUGAAGCGUCUGGGGCUGAGCGGUAUGAAGCCGCUCAGGCUGGGUACGGUAGCAUGUACGGACGUGCUGGAUAUAAUCAGGAGAUCUUGGAUGCCAGACGAAGGCGAUCUGAGAUGAAAGCUGACAAGAAGAAGAGGCGAAAGGAGAAGAAAAUUCGACGCAAGGAGAAAGCGAGGGCUAAGAAUUAUACCUUGGUUCUGACAUGCAUUCCCGUGGGUGGUGUGAAUCAAGGUGGGGGAGCUGGUUCGAUGCCGCCUGGCACAAUUCCUCCCAUGGGCGGGCCCGGCAUGAUGCCAGGUGGAGGAUCGAUGCUGCAAGGCAGUCAUGCGGGUAAUUUGGGAGGUAUCGGGGGUAUGGGCGGAAUUGGCGGAUUCUAA